AUGGAGCACUCUUUUGUCACUGUCGCUGCUAAUCCGAUCGCCCGAAUGCCACUCCGCGCGAUGCUUCCUCUCCCUCUCCUCCUCGCCGCGCUCGCCGUCGCCGCUGCCGCCGCGGGCGCACCCCGCCCCCACCCGCUCGACCCCCUCUCCGCCGCCGAGCUUACCGCCGUCCGCGCCGCGGUGCUCGCCUCCCCGCUCGUCCCGGCCCGCCCGCUCACCUUCCACUACGUCGGCCUCGACGAGCCCGACAAACCCGAUGUGCUCUCCUACGCCUACGGCGGUGGCGGCGGCGCCUCGCGCCACGCCCUCCCGCGCCGCGCGUUCGUCAUCGCCCGCGCCGGCGGCGAGUCCCACGAGCUCCGCGUCGACGUCGCCAACGCCUCCUCCCCGUCCGUCCUCUCGCACGCCGUCCACCGCGGCGCCGGCUUCCCGACGCUGACGCUGGAGGAGCAGUUCGCGGCGGUGGCGCUGCCGCCGAAGCACCCGCCGUUCGUGGAGUCGGUGCGGCGGCGCGGGGUGGACAUGGACGACGUGCUCUGCGCGGUGUUCCCCGUCGGUUGGUUCGGCGGCGACGGCGAGCCCCGCCGCAGCAGGGUGGCGAAGGUGCUCUGCUUCGUCGCCGGCGCGACGGCCAACUUCUACGCGCGGCCGCUGGAGGGCGUGACGCUGGUGGUGGACCUCGACCGGAUGGCCAUCGUCGGGUACAGGGACAGGGUGGCGUACCCGGUGCCCAAGGCGGAGGGGACGGACUACCGCGCCGGCAAGGCCGGGCCGCCGUACGCCGGGCCGGCGCCGGCGCCCGGCGUGGUGGUGCAGCCGGAGGGCAGGGGCUUCCACAUCGACGGCCACGUCGUCAGGUGGGCCAACUGGGAGUUCCACGUGGGCUUCGACAUGCGGGCCGGCACGGUCAUCUCGCUGGCCUCCGUCCACGACGCCGACGCCGACGCCGGCGGCGCGCGGCGGCGGCGGCAGGUGCUCUACCGCGGCUUCGUGUCGGAGAUCUUCGUCCCGUACAUGGACCCGGUCGAGGAGUGGUACUACCGCACGUUCCUCGACGCCGGCGAGUACGGCCUCGGCCUCUGGGCCUUCCCGCUCCAGCCCGGCGGCGACUGCCCCGCCAACGCCGCCUACCUCGACGGCCACUACUCCGGCCAGGACGGCCGCCCCGUCGAGGCCAGGAACAUGAUCUGCGUCUUCGAGCGCUACUCCGGCGACGUCGCGUGGCGCCACACCGAGGCCGGCUUCCCCAACCAGCUGAUCACGGAGGUGCGCCCCGACGUGAGCUUGGUGGCGAGGAUGGUGGUGUCCGCCGGCAACUACGACUACAUCUUGGACUGGGAGUUCAAGACGAGCGGCUCCAUCAAGCUCGUGGUGUCUCUCACCGGUCUCCUCGAAGUGAAGGCGACGGCGUACGCGCACGCCGACGAGGUGGCGCAGGACGCGCACGGCACGCUGGUGGCGGAGAACACCAUCGCCGUGUACCACGACCACUACGUGACCUACCACCUCGACCUCGACGUCGACGGCACCAACAACUCCUUCGUCAAGAACAUCGUCACCGCCGUCGUGCGCGACGCCGACGCCGACGCGGCGGCAGACACGCCGAGGCGGAGCUACUGGACGGUGCGGCGGGAGGUGGCGGAGAGGGAGGCGGACGGGCAGGUGGACCUCGGCGGCGGCGCCCCGGCCGACCUGGUGUUCGUCAACCCGGGGAAGAAGACGAGGAUGGGGAACGAGGUCGGGUACCGCGUCGUCCCCGGCGGCGCGAUGGCGGCGUCGGUGCUGGCCGACGACGACUUCCCGCAGAGGCGCGCCGCCUACUGCAAGAAGCAGGUGCGGGUGACGCCGUACAGCAGGUCGGAGAAGUGGGCGUCGGGGCUGUACGCCGACCAGAGCACCGGCGGCGACGGCCUCGCUGCGUGGAGCGAGCGGGACAGGGCGAUCCGCGGCGAGGACAUCGUGCUGUGGUACACGGUGGGGCUGCACCACGUGCCGUACCAGGAGGACUUCCCGGUGAUGCCGACGCUGAGCGGCGGGCUCGAGCUCCGGCCGUCCAACUUCUUCGAGAGGAACCCGCUGUUGACGACGAUGCCGAUCGGCCAUGGCCGGCCUCUCGUCAACUGCUCGUGCGCCGGCGGCGACUCCAUUUCCAGAUGACUAUAGCUGCUUGCACGUGCAACGGACAACGGGUGCAAGUCGGAUUGACACGCGCUGUGGCAAGUGAGUAAGUGGCCAAUUAUUUAUUGGGAACAUCUUUUUGCAGUUCCAUUGGACUUGGUAGACCUUGAUUUCCUUUGAACUUGAGAAAUUUCAAUUGAAUUCGACUCGCAGUUGGGUACUUGGGUCGGCAAUGAGAUUUCUCGCCGCCCAUGCUUUACUCAAAUACUCUGGUAACUUA